CUUUCCAUUUUUGUUUCUGAAUAGAAUGGUUGAACAAGGAUGGAAGGAAGCUUUUGUGAAUCAAAACUAUUUUCGAGCAACACUAUUCUGCUCUCGUCACUUAUUAUUCAAAAGACAAUAUAACCAUUCGAUAAGGCUCUUUGUAGUCAAGAAGAAGCGUUUGUUAUUAUUUUACCCUUUUUGUUGUCAACACCCUGAUGAUAGUCCACCCAACUCUACUCAUUCCAGUCAUAAAACUUGUGAACAAACCAAGGUCUCACCCAAAAACCCGUUGAUAUCUUAUGCACAACGUUUACAGACUUUAUGGUCAACUUUUAUGAGCCAACCUUUGAUAAUUCCCAAGAAUAUUGCUAUUCUGACUUCAACUUUAUUUUUGGUGGUUGUCAUCACAUUGACGAGAGCACCUUCUUAUGGAGAUUGGGAUCCUUUGGAACAAAAAGUCGCUCUCUUCAAUAUCAUUUUAGAAGAUAUCCAACGUGCCUAUGUUGAAAAGGUAGAUGUAGAUAAGCUAUUCGAAACGGGAGUCAACGCAAUGCUAGGUUCUUUGGAUCCUUAUACUCAAUUUGAAAACCAUAUAGAAGCACAAGAAAUGAACGUCAAAGCAAUGGGUCGUUACGGUGGAGUUGGACUUGUUAUUGCUAAAGAUAUUCGAGAUAAGGAUCAAAUCAUUAUUAUUUCCUCUUUUGAGCGCUAUGCUUUCGAUGCUGGUUUGCGUCCAGGUGAUAGAUUACUUCAAGUAGAUGGUCAUUCAGUUGUUGGACAAGAUUUAGAAGGAAUGACACAACUUCUUCGUGGAGAUGCCGGGACCAAAGUGACUGUUCGUGUUUUAAGACCAGGAAUAUCCGAACCUUUUGAUGUUACCUUGACGAGACAACUUAUUCGAGUAUCUGAUGUACCUGCAUAUGGCUUUAUUGGAAACCAACAAGAUGGUGUUGGUUAUAUUCGUUUACAAUCGUUUUCUUCCAACGCCUGUACUCAAGUUCGAAAUGCUAUCCAAGAGUUACAAAAAAGUGGUCAACUAAAAUCUCUCGUAUUGGAUCUUCGUGAUAAUCCAGGUGGAUUGCUAUCUUCUGCUAUCGAUGUUUCUGAAUUAUUUGUGCCUAAAGUCAAUAGUCGUACUGCAUCGGCUGCCGAAAUUGUAGCAGGUGCUAUUCAAGAUAACGAUUUAGGAGUUGUAUUUGGUUCUCAGACAUUUGGAAAGGGCCUUGUGCAAAAUGUAGAUCAGCUUCCCUUUCAAACAGCAUUGAAGUAUACCGUUGGGAAAUAUUAUACUCCAAGUGGUCGUUGUAUUCAGUCAUCGAGUUAUUCAUUGGAUCAUGAAAAGUUAAAAAUCACAGUUAUUGAUCAAAAUGAAAGAAAGAUAUUCAAAACCAAAAAUGGACGUUCUGUUUUCGAUAGUGGUGGAAUAGAACCCGAUAUCCAAUGGGAAGAAACUCCUAUUCAUGAGUGGAGACGCUUAUUACAUCAACAAGGUUUGUUGUUCUAUUUUGCAAAUGACUAUGCUGCCAAGCAUCCGGAAGGAAUCCAUUCCAACUUUCAUGUAGAUGAUGCAUUAUAUAGAAAGUUUAAAAAUUAUGUCAAGGACCAGAUUGCUUCAGGUAGCUUUUCCAUGGCUUCACGUUUUGAGGAACCUUUGGCCUCUCUUCGAAGUGACUUGGAGCAACAAGGUUAUCGAGAAACCAGCAAAAAUCUAGAAAAAGUUGCCGAUUCAUUGAAGCUUGAAAUGGAAAAUGAGUUGGAACAUUUCGAUCAUACUAUUCGUCAUGAUUUGGAAGAUUCCAUUCGUGCACGUUUUCAACCGGAUUCCGCACGUAUUAUGGCUGGUCUAUUAAGAGAUGAAGAGAUUUUGCAGACAAAGCAAGUAAUAUCGGAUGGAAUACUUUAUGCAAAGUUAUUAUCUCCUCAAAACAAAAAGGCUGCUGUAUAGAAUAAGGGAGUUUUUGGGGGUUGGUUGAAGAAGUGGGAGUGUUGAAAG